UGGGGGUGUUACUCCUUAAUGAUGGGAAAUCUUGGGAUUUUGUUUUUAUUUUAUGUUAGAUGUUUUGUUUUUAGUUGUUGUUUUGAUGAAAUUUUAGUUGUUGAGCAACCUUGACUGUUAGUGGUCUUUUAAUUUCCUUCCCAAUACAUUAAAUGUGGUAUGUGAGCAAAAUUUGGGUUCAUAAUUCGUUCAUCUGUAUUCAAUGUAGAAAUUCGGGUAGUUCCUCUUCCGUGCAGGAAAAAAAAAAGGCAGGAAGGAAGCUUACAUUGGUUUUUUUGGUUGGCAAGAAAAUGUGUUCUGAGAAUUAACUGCAGAAAUGUUAGUUCAAGUUAUAAAGUCACAAGAAAGCUAAAUCACCUACUCCAACAACUUAAUUUGACAGUAAAUGUUGUUCAUGAGUUUUUUUUCUUUUUUUUUUUAUAUUCCUCUUCAGCUAAAAUCCUGGGAUUCUUUUUCUUUUGGGGUUCAUCUACUUGGCUUUCUGAAUGGGACCUUUUGUUGAAAAGCUUCUGUCUCUCAAAAAUGGCUUUAGGCCAAAUAAGGAGGAAUUUGUUAUUUCACAGACCAAACAUUUUCCUUUUCCCUACUAACCAAAUUGUCUUAACAUAUUCAUUUUUGUAGUGAUCUUCUUCGCUGCUCAUUUCACUUUGUAAUUGAUUUUCAGCUAUGCUUUAGGAAAAUAUGAAGGAUGGCAGAUACUGCUUCAAAUUCAUGUAUCAAUAUCUUAUACCUUCUCACCAAAAAACUCACCAUGAAGUUCUACUUCCCUCGAGUGCAUCCUUUCCUUUUCAUAGUUGUUAUUCUAUGUCCUAUGGUUUUUGCUGACUUAAAUUCUGAUAAGCAAGCCCUUCUUGAUUUUGCUGCUUCUGUCCCCCAUCGCCGUGACCUUAAGUGGAAUUCAGCUACUUCAAUUUGUACAUCCUGGGUAGGUGUCACUUGCAAUCAAAAUGGCACCCGUGUUGUUUCUCUCCGGCUUCCUGGAAUUGGACUUGUCGGCACGAUUCCGGCCAAUACACUUGGCAAGAUUGACUCACUCAGAAAUAUCAGCCUCCGUGCCAACCUACUCAGUGGAAGUCUUCCUCCUGAUAUUUCUUCUCUUCCUUCUCUACAAUAUCUUUACCUUCAGCAUAAUAACCUUUCUGGUAACAUACCUACCUCAUUGUCCACCCACCUCAAUGUACUUGAUUUGUCAUACAAUUCCUUCACCGGUGCUAUUCCAAAGACAUUGCAAAACUUAACACAACUAACUAGGUUGAACCUCCAGAACAACUCUCUAUCUGGUGAGAUACCAAAUCUCAAUGUCACUAAGCUCAGGCAAUUGAAUUUAAGCUACAACAAUUUGAAUGGCUCUAUCCCUGCUGCUCUUCAGACUUUCCCCAAUUCUUCCUUUGAGGGUAACUCUCUAUGUGGAUUACCUCUAAAUCCAUGCUCUUCAGCCCCCCCUGCACCUCCUCCAUCAUUAACUCCUGCCCCACCAACUCCUUCAAGACACAGCUCCAAAAGUAAAUUGAGUAAGGCAGCUAUCAUUGCAAUUGCAGUUGGUGGGGGUGUGCUAUUACUUUUAGCAGCUCUCAUCAUUGUUCUUUGCUGUUUAAAGAAAAAGAAUGAUGGAAGCCCCAGAGCUACUAAAGGCAAAGGUCCUAGUGGUGGGAGAACUGAGAAACCAAAAGAAGAGUUUGGAAGUGGGGUGCAAGAACCUGAGAAAAACAAGUUGGUUUUCUUUGAAGGCAGUUCUUAUAAUUUUGAUCUAGAGGAUUUGCUGAGAGCUUCUGCUGAAGUUCUUGGAAAGGGUAGUUAUGGCACUGCAUAUAAGGCUAUAUUAGAAGAGUCAACAACAGUUGUAGUGAAAAGGUUGAAGGAAGUCGUGGUUGGGAAAAGGGAAUUUGAACAGCAGAUGGAGAUUGUGAGAAGAGUUGGACAGCACCCAAAUGUUGUGCCACUUCGUGCUUACUAUUAUUCCAAGGAUGAGAAGCUUUUGGUUUAUGACUACAUCCCAAAUGGCAAUCUAUCAACCCUCUUGCAUGGUAACAGAGCAAGUGGAAGAACUCCAUUAGAUUGGAACUCCAGAAUAAAAAUCUCUGUUGGAAUUGCCAGAGGAAUUGCUCACAUACAUUCAGUUGGUGGUCCAAAAUUCACUCACGGAAAUGUGAAAUCUUCAAAUGUCCUCCUCAACCAAGAUAACGAUGGAUGCAUCUCAGACUUUGGCCUGACUCCACUCAUGAAUGUUCCUGCAACUCCUUCUAGAGCUGCAGGCUAUCGUGCCCCUGAGGUGAUUGAAACGCGUAAGCACUCUCACAAGUCAGAUGUGUACAGUUUUGGUGUUCUCCUUCUGGAAAUGCUGACCGGAAAAGCGCCACAACAGUCUCCGGGACGCGACGACGUGGUUGAUCUCCCAAGGUGGGUGCAAUCUGUUGUUAGGGAGGAGUGGACAGCUGAGGUUUUUGAUGUUGAACUAAUGAGGUACCAAAACAUUGAAGAAGAAAUGGUGCAGAUGUUGCAAAUUGCCAUGGCCUGUGUGGCAAAGGUUCCUGAUAUGAGGCCUACCAUGGAGGAAGUAGUGAGAAUGAUUGAAGAGAUCCGGCAAUCCGACUCCGAAAACCGGCCAUCUUCGGAAGAGAAUAGAUCCAAGGAGGAAUCAACUGCUCAGACUCCAUGAUUAACUCUGCCUUUCCUUCUUGUGUUCCAAGCAAAUUGAUUUCUUGAACUUGUUUCUUUCUGGAAGCAACAUUCAGAGGUAUAUAUAAGAGUGCAUGAAACAGUUCUUCUCACAGAUGGAAUUACUUCAGUUGUUUUCUUUUUCUAGGAAGGUUUAUUUCAUUGGAUUUUUGUGUAUUAACGUUGUGAUUCAAUUGAUGAUCUUCAUUCAAGAACAAUCUCUCCCAUUUGUUCUUCUGAAUUGUUAGAAAUGUGUAUUUCUGUAUCACCAAAUCAUGCCAUGGUUAGUCAAAUGAUAUGAUCAAUAAUUAAUACCUUC